CCUAUCGCGCCGCUGCCCACCCAGCCGAUCGGCCGUUGUCUGGGCGCUUCUGGCUUUCUCUUCUCUCUCACUCUCUCUCUCUCGCUCUUCUUCCGAACCGACGCUCAGCCAUCGUUUCGAGAGCCCACCUCGGACCCACCACCUUUCACAUCGCUCCCUCGGACGGACUCCAGCACACCUUCGGCUAUCCCGCAAAACGUUACAGAGCGAAUCACCCUCUACUCUCGCCCAACUCCCCGUCAGCACAGUUUAAUGAGUUCCUCGACCAAGAACCCUCCGCCACCACAGUUCAAGCUAAAGCAACGAAAGAGAGAAGCCAACGCUAAGUAUGAACCUGAAGUCUUCCGUGACUCACUACUGGCGCUGAUCCCCGAAGACCUGAACGAUAUCUCCCAAUUCGCCGUCAUUUUGGAAAACAAUGCCGAGAAGCUGGACUACAAGCGCUACGGCGAGCCGUUCUUUGAAAUCGUCAUCUGCGGCGGUCUCAUCGCUCCCGGAGGCAUCAUCGAAGAAGAUGGCGCCCGACUCAAUCCCUUCAGUAUCUUUGCUGCCGAGGACUCUAGAGAGAGCAUCUUUGCUGUGGUAGAUGUGAUCAACAAACUCGUCCGCCGCUUGAAGUACCUGCAGCGCAAGUUGGAAGAUACCCUCUCCCAUCUCCUUCAGUAUAUCAACAAGUUUGGCGAGGCCGGUCCCAAGCUCAGCCGCGCCGUGGGCAUGAUGGCUGCCCAUCAGCUCAUCUCGCUUGCCGUCCUCUCCAACACCACCAAGGAACAUCUCGUCAAAGAAGGUAGUGCCCUCGAGUUUGUCACCGGUGUCUUUAAGGCUUACUUGGAGGAGCAGUCGAUGGAGAACCUGAGCCAAAACAUGAAGAAGAUUGGCCUGGAUGACAAACUCAUGGAGUUCUUCCCGCUCAACAAGCGCGGUGGAGAGUACCUGGCCCGCCACUUUGAGGCCGAGGGUCUGAAGGCUCUCGUCGAGUACGACAAGAAGCGACAGCAGCAGGCCCUCAAGGAGGAGCUUGGCCAGAAGCUGACUCUGAUGUUCCAAGAGAACAAGACCCAGGUCGAAAUCGCCACGUUCCUGAAGCAGCAGGUCGCCGCCCACUCCUGGACCGAGGCCGAUGUCACCCCACUUCUUUGGCAGUCCCUGAUUGCUGCCAUCGACUGGAGCGGCCGUGCCGAGCAGAUGGAGCCCCAGCUUGUCAAGGUCCUUGGCACCUGGCCCAAGGUCUUUGCCAUGUACUGCCAGUCUGCCAAGACUGAGCUCUUGCUGCUGACGACCGUCCAAAAGGUCUGCUACGAGGAUGCGCGAUUCCUCAAGCACUUCAAGGCCAUUGUUGCGAAUCUCUACGAGCACGACGUUGUCUCGGAGGGUGCCAUCCUCUACUGGUUCGAGAGAGGCGCCACCUCACAUGGCAAGACCGUCUUCCUCAAGCAGCUCGAGCCUUUUGUCCAGUGGCUCAAGGAGCAGGAAGACGACGAUGAAGAGGACGAUGAGUAAAGCGAGUCAGCACGGUUGUCCAAAACAGGAACCACCCUGGCUCGAACAGCAACGGCCACGUUUGAUGGAGGCUGUGUCCGGAAUUUGCCGAACCUAUUACGGUGAAUGCGCCAGUGGCAGACGCCGCUCUUGGCACAUCCAGACUACGGCUGCCACGGGCUCUCUAUCAAUACAUGCUGUUUACAGCUUUUUUUUUCGAAA